UGAAACCAAAGCUGGAACGCCUAACAAAACCCUUCACUGCCUUGUACUCGUUGUCUUCUCACUCAACUUCCAAACAAAUCAUACCGCAUCCCAGAAUCACUCAGGCGGUCUCUUUUGUCUUUUUCUGUUUCCACCAUCAUCAUAAACUGUACUACUAUUAAUCAAUUAUACUCUCAUUUUCCAGUGCUCUUCUCUCCUCUGUUCUCUCUCUCUCCAAGUUUUUGCCUUCAAAACCCACUUGAAGAGAGCAUGUCUGCAGGAAUCAUCGCAGCUCCAGUUGGUGGAUCAAGCUAUGUUGGCUUGAAACCCAACUCAUCAAAGCUUUUCCCGGUCAAAGAUUCAGUUUCAUGGACCAGAAAAACUGUCUCUAAUGGCUCUAAAACCCACUGCAUGAAGACAUGGAAUCCAAUUGAUAACAAGAAGUUUGAGACACUGUCGUAUCUCCCGCCUCUCUCGGAUGAAUCGAUCGCGAAGGAGAUCGAGUACAUGCUCAAAAAGGGAUGGGUGCCAUGCCUUGAAUUCGACAAGGUUGGGCAUGUGCAUAGAGAGAACAGCAGAAUGCCAGGAUACUAUGAUGGGAGGUACUGGACACUGUGGAAGCUGCCAAUGUUUGGUUGCAGUGAUUCUUCACAAGUCCUCAAUGAAAUCCAUGAUUGCAAGAAGGCUUACCCAAAUGCGUAUAUUCGUUGCUUGGCCUUCGACAGCAAGCACCAAUGUCAAUGUAUGUCCUUUGUCAUUCAAAAACCCACCCCCACCUCCUAAAGCGGUUGCUGCUUCAAGGUCAUCACCCUUCUCUAUCUAUAUAUCUCUCUCUCUCUUUCUCUCUCUCUCUCUCUCUAAUGUGUUGUGAUCGUUUUAAAACUAUUUGUUGUGUCUUUUCUUUUAUUUGCUUUCUUUUCUUUUUGUUUUAAUUGGAUAUUAAUAAAGGUUGUUGUUUGGUUUUAUUACAUGACUUGACUUAAGUGGAAUCUUCAAGUUUUAGUCAAAA